GUAUCAACAAUGUGUCCUAUUCUAAUCGCCAUCAAGUUUGGCAAGGGUUUACGAAUUAAGGAGCUUUCCCCAGGCUUGCGUCUCUUUUUCUGCUCCCAUGUCAUAUUCUCGAUACUUGGAAUACCUUACCAGCUCUAUCGAAUAUUAUUUUGGAUCAGUCCAAGUCGCGAAACAAUAGAUAAUAAUUACGGGAAUCAAUAUUCCCCGUAUCUCAUUUUUUGGCUUUCAAUGCCCGAAUUUGUCUUCUACGGAGCAAUCCCUUCUGUCGUGCUACUCUUGACAGUAGAAAGAUGUAUAGCCCUAAAAAUCACUUUAACAUGGGUCAGCAAAAUAUAUCGAUGGAUCAGUCUUGCAAUUUUUAUGGCCAUUGUUGGGGUGAAUAUGCUAGGACAUUUGCUAGAACUACCUCUGUUUGAUGAUAAUCCGGAAUUGAUCCCUAUAUGCGAAACAGCAAGUUGUACGACCACAAAUUGGCGUUUAUAUUUUCAACUCACUUCGAGAAUUGUUUUGAGUAGCGCUAAUGUUGUAAUGUCUAUUGUAUUUUUGUUGUUGCUACACCAGACUGGGGCCGCCAAAAAAUUGAAGAAUCGGGUUAUUUUAUUUACUCUUUUUGUUGAAUUUGCUCUCGGUGUAGUGCCAACAUUUACGGCUAUAAUUUUUAAUAAGUACACGAGUAUGUAUAUUGGCGGUGUUCCCAAUGCUGGAGAGAAAGGAGAGAUAGUCAUUCUACUCACUGCUGUAGAUUCUGCCUUGUGUGGAAUUCUGUACAUGGCACUCUUGCUUAAAUGCAAUGCUUCCCAAACUGUUGUUUCUACAAUACAUGCUAGAAAUAUUGAGAGGACUAAAAUUGAAGUUCAGAAUACUACAGUUCAACGAGGGCCGUUGAUGAAUAAUAAUUUUAUUAAUAAACAAAAUUAA